GGCAUACUGGGAUUGGUAGUCCCGGAUGUAGCGGGGCUGCUGCCAUGUGCGCGGCUGCGCCCAGGGGCGGUGGGCGGGCGGCUCGGCGGCUUGGAGCUGCGACCGCAGGGAGCCGGGUUCCCAGUGCAGCCCCGAGGUACAGCAGGAGGACGAGGAGGGUUCCUAUUGCCUAUGAAGCUGAACCCAAGCCUGAGUCCCCUGGCCCCAAAUGGGAGCCAGAGAACUGGCAGCAGCAGCUGGAGCGCAUCCGGGAGAUGAGGAGGCAUCGAGAUGCUCCCGUGGAUGAGAUGGGAGUGGAUAAAUGCUAUGACACCAGUGCACCACCGCAGGUUAUGCGCUACCAAGUUCUGCUGUCUCUGAUGCUCUCCAGCCAGACCAAGGACCAGGUGACAUCAGCUGCCAUGCUGCGCCUGAGGCAGCGUGGCCUCACGGUUGACAGCAUUUUGCAGAUGGAUGAUGCAACACUUGGGCAAAUCAUUUAUCCUGUUGGAUUCUGGAGGAACAAGGUGAAGUACAUUAAGCAGACAACGGCCAUCCUGAAGCAGAAGUACGGGGGUGACAUACCAGGCACUGUGGAGGAGCUGGUGAAGCUGCCAGGAGUUGGACCCAAAAUGGCCCAUUUGGCCAUGAACAUUGCCUGGAACAGCGUGUCUGGGAUAGCUGUGGACACCCAUGUGCACAGGAUCACAAACAGGCUGAAGUGGGUGAAGAAGGAGACCAGAUACCCUGAGGAAACUCGGGUAGCACUGGAGGACUGGCUGCCCAGGGAUCUCUGGAGGGAGAUAAACUGGCUCUUGGUGGGCUUUGGCCAACAGACCUGCCUGCCUGUGAAUCCUCGCUGCAAAGAAUGCCUCAAUCAAGACAUUUGCCCCGCUGCUAAGAGAUUCUGAGAGACCAUUCUGGCUUCCUUGAGCAACAGGGCCACUUCAGCCCAAAGCCAAGCGGUAGGAAUGCUGUGCUUUGCACAGGGCUGACUGUGACUGCAGGGAAACAGGAGACUGCUGCAGCCAGCUCAGCAUCUCUGGGAGUGGAAUAUGCUGUCAGUGGCUGUGCUCUCAAGAGGAAAAAGGGUCUUUCAAAGCACAGUAGUCCUGCUGUGUCAGUACUGCCAGCUCCAGCCCCCAUGUGAAUGCUUGAGUGUGCCCCAGCAGCACAGCAGGCUGUGCAGUGUCAGGAACAGCUGGAGAGAUGCAAGACUUGCUGCUUGUAAAUACAUGUUGAAUAAAGGUGGAGGGUUGUUUUUUCUA